CUUUAGUCUUCAUGAUUUUAAUAGUCUACAAGCAGGUGUGAAUUAAUAUUUAAGUUGGCAUUUAUCGAGCUUAGUCUUACAAAAAUCUUAAUCCUGCUGGGAAGGUUAAAAAUAAUAGUACUCUUUUGAAAUAAAAUUUAAACUAUACUUUUGUAAAUAUGGGAACAAAGUUUUAAUGCAAUAUCAUAUUUAAGAUUUUUAUAUCAGACAUACUUGACGUACUGAGGUAUAGGAGUUUUGCAUCCAAAACGUAACAAAAACGAAAGGUCUAAAGGUUUUUGAUCCAUGCCUUAUCGAAUAUACAAUCAGGUACUCCAGAGGAAAUGAUGUCAUCAUUUGUACUUGAAGUGUAUUUCCCAACCCAACAAUGCAAAUGUACAUUUGGUUCUUUUUAUUACAAACAACGGUGUCAGUAAAUGCUUUCAGAGCCACAGAGCUGUAAAAUUUUCGUACGUGAAAUAAUUUUCCGUGACUGCAAAAAAAUAAUAAUUCAAACUUUACAAAUUGUGCAUCGUAGAUCUGAAGUUCCCGAUUCAGUUUACUUUUAAACAUUCUUAACUUGUAGGAUUCAAUGGUAAAAUGAGAUUAUUUAGUUUGUACUAACUAAAAUGGAAAAAUAAUUACAAUUAAACGAUUUUUAAUAUUUGUGCUAUGACUGACCAUUAUUGAAAAAAUAGAAUUUGAGGUUAGAGUCAUAGAGAAAAUAUAAUUAUGUUGAAAAGAAACCAUUACAAUGAUUUAAUAUUGCAGAUGUUUUAUUUGCACACUAUCAUAUACGGAUACCUUAUCUACUGAAGUGAGCCAAGCCAAACAUAACCUCAAAGUGGACAGUGAGUUGGAAGAACCUCAGUAAUGGGGAUAACACCUUUAGAACCAAGCGGGUCCCAAAUAAUGUGGAUUUGUUUCCUUCUGAGCACUGUUUGCAUGUUUGGGCGAAGUGACAGUUUUGAAUCUUUGUCCCCGUGCACUACUGACGAAGAAUGUGAAGAAAUGCGGAUAUGCGUUGAUCACAAGUGCCAGGACGCUUGUCCGAUCAUAUGUUACGGCAAUGCGACAUGUCAGAUCUACAAGAACAUCUACUGCCCAUGCCUGUCCGCUUUUUCUCCAUGGUUUCACGGCUGCGUUGAACAGGAAACUCCAGGAAAGCCGAAAUGAAGUAGUCCUUAAGAGUAUUAUACAAAUCUCGAAAGGGGCAGCAAAGAAUGAGUAUUUCAAAAUAAAUAAAAUAAACUCUUUUAUCAUACCUUAG